AUGGUUUCUUUGAUGAAAAUAUUAACAAAGAAUAUUGAUGAAGCAUUAGAAUUAAGUGAAUUGUUUUGUGAAAACAAAAAAUCAUUUUAUCUUCAUAUAGCAAGUUAUGCUGCGACUGAUGGCGAUGAGAAUGAGCAGGACAUCAAGCCAUUACGUUUUCAUAAAGUAGAAAAUAUGAUCGAUUGCAUUUUUUCACCAAAUAUGCUCUGGAGCUUUUAUAAUGCAAUAUUGAAUACAGAUAUUUGUCAUACAAUAGAACAACAUCAUCGCAAUGACAAUAAUCAAAUAAUGGAACGAAUAUUAUCCUUGGCAUAUGAUUAUAACUGUCCAGUACGUGUGGAAGUCAAACCAACAGCCUUAGCCACACAAGAACUAUUGAAAAAUUACAGAUUCCUUGAAUUAUUACAGCAGCGCGAUCACUUUCUGUAUAUGGAUUUUGAUGGCAAUGAUACUGUAUUAAAAUCUGAUGAAAGCAAGUUCGGCAUAACAAUAUGUGAACUAGAUGACUUGACGCAAGCCGAUUCAAAGAUGAGAAAAUUAGAAUGGGGUUACGUCUUAUGUGAAAGUUUCGGAUUUAGAAAUCCCGAAAUUCUCGGACCAUUUUAUUCAGAUGUAUGGAGUCGAGUUGAAGUCGGACCAACGAAACCAGUACGAAUGUUUAUUGCUCUAAAAAAUGAUCGGGUAGUUGGUGGAUGCCACUUGAGUUUAUCUCGUGGUAUUGCUUGUUUAUUCAAUUUAGUUACCUUGAAAACUGAACGAGGGCAGGGUAUAGGGAAAGCAUUAUCUCUAACAGCCAUGAGAAGUGCUAGAGAAUUAAAUUAUCGUUAUAUGGUGUUGCAAGCGUCUGCUAUGGGUGCACCUAUCUAUAAAAAAUUGGGUUUCAGAUCUUUACCGUCAUAUAAAAUAUUUAUCAAACUUCCGACAGCUAUUUGGUAUUACAAAAUAAUCGAAAUAGUACUGACAGUGGUCGGUAUCCAACGUAUACAACAGCUUAUGGGUAUUAUUCGAAAAAUUCCGAAAAAUUUUCCAGCAAUUAUAAUGAUUAUGAUGAUAAUUGUGGGUAUAUUCAUAGUUAAAAUAUUCAAAUAA